AUGAUGCUUGCUAAAACCAAAGUGAGAUCGUAUCAUUCCUGUCUAGUGUCAAAGACUCUCCAGGGUCACCCCGUUUCUCUCAGUAGAAUCUGCGUCCUUUCGAGGGUUUCCAAGCCUUCCAGACGUGCCCUCCUCCAUCUCUGUGCCGGUUCUUCUCACUGCUCCCCCUCCUGCUGCUUCUGCACGGCCGCACUGGCCUCCUCGCUGUUCCUCACGUCCACCAAGCACGUUCAUGCCUCCGCGCCUUUGCACUGGCUGUGUCCUCUGGCUGAAAUGCUUUUCAUCGGCAUGGCUGUCUGCCUCAUCGCCGUCAGAAGUCAGUAG